AUGCCACUCCGCGCCUACGUGUGCCCAUCGAUUCUCAACGCCGAUCUGGCGUCGUUGGCUUCUGAAUGCAAGAAGUUGCUGGCUGCCGGAGCGGAUUGGCUCCAUUUGGACGUGAUGGACGGUCACUUCGUUCCCAACUUGACAUUCGGUCAUCCAGUCGUCGAAUCCCUCCGUAAAUCUCUCGGCUCCGAACCGUUUUUCGAUGUUCAUUUGAUGGUUUCCAACCCGGGACAAUGGGUGGAGCCUAUGGCAAAAGCCGGCGCCAGUCAAUUCACAUUUCACUACGAAGCCAUCGACGGAGGUGACGUGGCAGUCGGAGAGUUGAUUGAGAAGAUCAGAAAAAGCGGAAUGAAAGUGGGAUUGUCGGUGAAACCGGGUACUUCGGUGGAGCAUAUUUUGAAACACGCCGAACACCUCGACAAUGCGUUGAUUAUGACGGUUGAGCCGGGAUUUGGAGGACAGAAAUUCAUGGAGAAUAUGAUGGAAAAGGUCCGCACAAUUCGCUCCGCCCAUCCCGAGUUGACGAUUCAAGUGGACGGUGGAGUGACACCAGAAAACAUUGAUAUCUCUGCAAAAGCCGGUGCAAAUGCAAUCGUCAGUGGCACUGGAAUCAUCAAGGCUCCCGAUCAAUCAGUCGCCAUUUCGACAAUCAAAAAUGCAGUUGAAGCCGUUAUUGGAAAACAUUGA